AUGGUUUCUCCCGCCAGGAGGCGGGGCCAGCCGAGAGGCACCUGGGUCGGCGGGGGGGCGAGACUGCGCCGCCGUCAAGCGUGCAGGCGGGGCCCGAGCGGCUGGGCGACAAGGUUGGCGCCUGCGCAGGAGCACGCCGCGGGCUGGAAGGUCUGUCCUGGACCGCUGGUCCCCGGGAGCGUCUCGGAUGACAGCAGAGGUGUUUUUUGUCUUCCUGUCUUAAGAGUGAGGGCCAGAGAGCCCACUGUCUCCCUCUGGAUUAUCUCAGCGGAGCUGAGAAGUCCACGGACCCCCCCCUCCUCCUACCAGCGAGAGCGUGAUUGGGUUUCCUACCGGCGAGUGAUCGGGUUUCCUGCCAGCGAGUGA